AAUUUAUCUCAAGCCCACAUUAUAAAUUAACCUACAAUCUUCAAAUACAAACAGCGAGUUCGUGUCACGCGCGCCCAAACCUUCUUCUUCGUUCACUGCGACGGCUACAGUGGGGCUGCGGCGACGGCGUCGUUUGGCUACGACCGUUGAACGGUUAUCGAACAGAACAGAAAUUAGUGUGAGAAUUAACAAGAGUUUUUUAACAGUAUGGGUGGAAGAGGAGGGAAGAAGAAGGGGCAUAACGAAAUGCCGGGAUCUCAGCCGCACGUUUCCACGACACUGAGAGAGGAAUCUAUUGGCAAGAAACAGGGCAGUGUCAAUGCCAAAACUAUGUGCAAGCUAGACCAUCUGAAAAGCCUUGCCGCAUGGUCCGCCACGGAAGCAUCUAUUCCUUCACUAAGUGCUUUUUUUGGGGAGCGUUUGGCUGCCACGAACGAGGCCUUGGGCCUUCGCGCUGACCCGUCUUCGUUUCUUUGCGAAAGAUGUGAAUCUAUCCUACAACCCGGUCAUAAUUGUACGGUCCGAAUCGAGAAGAGAAAGUCCAAAAAGCGCAAGAAAUCCAAUCCCACCACACAGAAUCACGUCGUGUACACCUGUCACUUCUGCUCUCACCGGAACUUGAUGAGAGGAACACCAAAGGGCUACAUUAAAGCCAUACGCCCACCCAAGGCUAAGCCACCGUUAAAAUCCAAAUCUUCUUUACAGAAGCGCCGUAGCUUGUCGGAACCUUCUAGAAGCAUUCCGGAAGUUAACACGGCGGAUGCCUCUGCUUUUCCGACAAUGGACGUACAUAAUAAUCUCGAAACUAGCUUUCCGGCGACUCCAUUGCCGGUAACUCGUCUUACUUUACUGGAUUCGAAGAGGAAAAGGAAAAGAUCGGGUGCGAAGAAAGUAGCCGAGCCUGAAAUUAAUUCGACUGCAGAAAACAGCGUCCCUGCAUCGAGUAAGAAGAGGAAAAAAUCAUGGACAACUCUGAAAGAGAUAGCUCAAAGUAGUAGUAAGCAUGAUAAUGGCAACAAGUUGUCAAGCUUAACAAUCCCAUUCUUUAUUAGUAGUGAUGAUCUCAAUAAUUAUUGUUAAAAAUUAAUUGCUGAAUGUAUUUUAGCUAUUUAUAAUCUUUUUCUUCUAAACCGUUUUAUCGUUUCGGUCCAACCGUACUAUCUAGAUUAUACCGAAUCGAUUUCCGGGCAUAGCUUAAUGGUAAAGGACAGGGAGUGAUUUUAACCGUGCUCGACUUGCAGGGGUUCGAUUCUUA